AUGAUUCGAGUCGCUGUUGCCGGCGGAGCCACGGGGCUCGGCAAGACCAUCGUCGACACCAUCCAAGCGACGACUCAACAUGAGUGUAUUAUCCUCAGCAGGAAAUCUGGAGGAGAACUCGGAGUGGUCGGUAUCGACUACUCGAACGUCGGCAGCAUCCGCAAUGUGCUUGAAAAACACAAGAUUCAAGUCGUCAUCUCAACCAUAGGAGUGUACACGGAGCAGCACUACACCUCUCAGCUCAACCUGAUCGAAGCGGCCGAUCUCUCUGCAACAACCACAAGGUUCAUUCCCAGUGAGUUCGGAAUAGCUCUGCAAUCACAACACGCAGACCGGAGUCCAUCCUUUCCUUUCAAGCUCAAGACGAUUGAGCGUCUUGAAAAAGGCGGUCUUGAGUACACCCUGGUUCACACGGGGCUGUUCCUCGACUACCUCGCGUGGCCGGUUGUGCCAUCCGACCUUGAGAUCCAAAGCUUGAUCGUCAACCUCCGCCGCAACCGCGCCGUCAUCCCCGGCUCCGGCAAUACGCACAUUGCCUGGGCACACACGCGCGACGUGGCCUCUUUCACCGUUGCUCUUCUGGACUUCAAGGACUGGGACAAACGCUACUUCUCAUUCGCAGACCGUCUGACGCCCAGGGAGCUAGUCCAGCUCUGUGAGAAAAUCAAGGGCGUCAAGUUCGAGGUUACGUACGACAAGAAGGAGGACCUGGAAGAAGGACGGUGCACUCUGCUGCCCCACCCGACGAUUGACGACUUCAAACACACGCGCUUCGACCAGAUUGACGCCUUUACCUCGUACAUGGCGAAGCUGGGUUCUAUCAUCGACGAUGGCCUGACUGAUCUUGGCACUGAGUCUUCCUUCAAGCGGAUCUGCCCGGAGAUCGCACCGUUGACCGCUCGCCAGGUCAUAUCCCAGUGGGUUGCAAGCAACGGAGCCGUCUAA